AUGGAGCGGAGCCCACUCACAAUGAUGAUCUUCGUCGGCAUCCUCGUCGGGGGUAAGGCUCCCCUUCUCUGUUGACCAUUAUGGUGAAGAAUGCGGCGGAGUUGGCGGAGAUUUCCAUCUUAGUGAUUUCUUGUUCUUCUCCGAAACUGCAGGGGCACAAGCAGCGUCAUUUAGAUUCCUGAACAACUGCACCUCCACGUUGUGGGUGGCCACACUUGCCGGUGCCGGCACGGCCUCGCUGCCGCGAACGGGAUUCGAGCUCGGCAGCGGCGCUUCCGCCAGCUUGAAAGCGCCGCCGGCGUGGUCCGGCAGGUUCUGGGCCCGGACGGGCUGCGCAGGGGGAUCCCCGGGGUCCUUCAAAUGCGCCACAGGAGACUGCGGCACUGGGAAGAUCGAGUGCGGCGGCGCCGCCGGCUCUCCGCCGGCCACCCUGGUGGAGGUGACCCUGGGGACCGGCGGCGGCGCAGACUUCUACGACGUCAGCCUUGUGGACGGCUUCAACGUUCCCGUCUCGGUGGCGCCGCGGCGGAGGGGCGGAGGCUGCAGGGCCGCCAGCUGCCCCGCCGACGUCAACGCCGCCUGCCCAAGCGAACUGCAGGUGGUGGGCUCCGACGGGACGACGGUGGUUGCCUGCAAGAGCGCCUGCGACGCCAUCGGCGAUCCCGUCUUCUGUUGCACCGGAGAGUACGGCGGCGCCGCCGCCUGCCGACCCACCGUCUACUCGGAGGUGUUCAAGAGGGCAUGCCCGCUCGCCUACAGCUACGCCUUCGAUGACGCCUCUAGCACCUUCACCUGCGCCGCCGCCGCCACCGCCACCGCCGGAUACCUCGUCACCUUCUGCCCGUAG